ACAAACGCGUAAAUGCCGCAUCCGAGUGUGUGGCCAGUGGCGGAUCGUCUCCGGAGCUGGCUGGUCUGUAGAUUAGGCUAUCUCAGGGUUUUGUUAUCAUAUCGCAUUUGUUAUACUUAUAACUCACCGGUUGAUUUUCAAUCAAUCUAGAAUUUAGUCACGCAUUCGGUCUACUGCCGACGAACCCGAUUUAUCAAUGCCCAUACAUUGGAAUAUCAGUGCCUAGCCUAGCUGCCAAGCCAAUUGAACUCUUGAAAAUAACUUAUAAGCUAUUGAAGAAAGACUGCCCUGUAAUUCGGGUGCAUUCAGGUUAACAACGUACAUUUACUCUAGCCAACCUCAGCCGAAAAUGCAUCGGUUACCGUCUUCAGCGAAUCGGUCCUUGAUAGCAGGAGCGGUGGAGCAGUAUCGUGCUUUGGUGAUGCGACCAAAGUCUCAAACAAUCCGUAAAGAGUCUGUGAGAUUCAAGACUCAAGGGCCCAUGGAAUCCUAUGGACUGAAGCGGUAUAGCACAGCAGAGGCUACCGUACCCGCAACAAGCAAAAUUCGAGAGAAGACCCUGACGAUGGAGACUCUGAAUCCGCAGGUGAAAGCCGUGGAGUACGCCGUGAGGGGGCCGAUUGUCAUGAAGGCUGAGGAAAUCGAGAAGUGCUUACGUGAGGGUGGAAAGCAACCUUUCACUGAGGUGAUUAAGGCAAACAUUGGAGAUGCUCAUGCCAUGGGACAGCAGCCAAUUACCUUUCUUCGUCAGGUUGUGGCUCUCUGUACAUUCCCCGAGCUGAUGGAUAGUCCCAGUUUACCAGAGGAUGCCAAAGCAAGGGCACACCGCAUCUUGCAAGGGUGUGGCGGGACUAGUCUUGGGUCCUACUCUGCAAGUCAGGGAGUGGACUGCAUCAGGCGGGACAUUGCCGCCUACAUUGAACAGAGGGACCAUGGUGUGCCGGCUGACUCUGAAAACAUUUUCCUCACCACUGGAGCCAGUGAUGGCAUCGUGAGUAUUCUAAGGAUGUUGGUGUCGGGCCAAGGAGCCUCACGCACCGGUGUGAUGAUCCCAAUCCCCCAGUACCCCCUGUAUUCUGCAGCUAUCGCCGAGAUGGAGGCCGUGCAGAUCAGUUACUACUUAGACGAGGACAACAGUUGGGCCCUGGAUAUUAAUGAGCUUCACCGGGCCUACCAGGCAGCCAAGAAGCACUGCCAGCCAAGGGUCAUCUGCAUUAUCAACCCUGGGAACCCCACCGGUCAGGUCCAGAGCAGAAAGUGCAUUGAGGAAGUGCUCCAUUUUGCCUAUGAAGAAAAUCUUUUUGUCAUGUCGGAUGAGGUAUAUCAAGACAACGUGUAUGCUCCGGGCUGCGAAUUUCACUCGUUCAAGAAGGUCCUGUACGAGAUGGGGCCAGAGUACUUUAACAGCGUCGAGCUGGCCUCCUUCCACUCCACCUCCAAAGGUUACACAGGAGAGUGCGGUUUCCGAGGAGGUUACAUGGAGGUCCUGAAUUUGGAGCCGGAGGUGAAGGCCCAGCUGGUGAAGCUGCGCUCGGUGCAACUGUGUCCUCCUGUGUCUGGCCAGGCAGCCAUGGACGUCAUCGUCAACCCUCCCCGGCCAGAUGAGCCCUCUUUCAGCUGCUUUCAACAGGAAAAGACAGCUGUGCUGGGUGCUUUGGCAGAGAAAGCCAAGUUAACGGAGGAGAUUCUGAACUCGGUCCCAGGCAUUCAGUGCAAUCCUGUCCAGGGUGCCAUGUAUGCCUUCCCACAACUCUUCAUCCCACCCAAAGCAGUGGAACAGGCCAAGGCCCUGGGAAUGCAGCCUGACAUGCUGUACUGCUUGAGACUCCUGGAGGAGACUGGAAUCUGCCUGGUCCCUGGGAGUGGCUUUGGGCAGAGGGAUGGCACCUACCACUUCAGAAUGACUAUUCUCCCACCUAAAGACAAGUUAAAUGUGUUGUUGGAUAAUCUACGUGACUUCCACAUCAAGUUCUUGAAAGAAUAUGGCACAUUGGAAGUGCCAAGAGGAUGAACUCUUAACACACACACACACACACACACUCACUCUCUCUCUCUCUCUCUCUCUGACACACACACACACAAAGAGAGACCUGUUGUCUAGCACCAUCAGGCCAGUAACAGCUUUUGUGUUGAAAUCUCAAAAUGUGUCCCCCUUCAAGUUUUGAUUUUUUUUUCCGUAAGAUGUUGAAGACUGGUCAGCAUGUUUCGGGUGUUUGUGCCUUUGUGAGGCCAUGAAGGUUAGGGUGAGUUGUCGGGGUGACUGGGUGGGAUACAUUUAUGACUAUAUCUUGCCUGCUUUUUUUUUAUGUUAAAGGAGCAUGGGAUACAUGAUGCGUAAUGAUACAUAAUCUUUAUCAGUCAUUGUUUUGUGUCUAAAUUAAGUUUUUGUUUGUCUCUUCUCAUUUGGUCAUCAGGCCAGUUUUCCUUUUUUUUUUUACUUUGCUUCGUUAAACUCCCAUUUUGAGGACCAAACUAAAGUUUGACCCCUUGAUCUUUUCUCUCAGAACUGUUGGGAACAUCUGCCUGUUUUGGCUGUUCUGAAAUAAAGGAGUUUCGAUAUCAGUUUUGCUGUGGCAAAAGAGAAAAGUUUGGGCUAAUGUUGCUGUUGAUUUGCACAAAAAUUGAGUACAUUUCUGUUGGGUACUGUAGGGGGGAGGGAUUGUGAUUCUCAUUGGGUGAGCUCAAAGGUCUGUCCAAUGGAAUUUACAAUGAAUUAACAGUUCCUUCUAUUGUAUACAUUCAGCCAUGCUUUUUAUCAUAGGCUACUAAUGUUUGGAAGUUCUAAUGUAUUCAUUCAAAGUAUUAGUGUAUAGUUUGCAGAGGGAAUAAUUUGGUACAGUCACUCCAUUGGGUGAAGUAAGUCUUGUGUUGAGGUUGACACUACUAUCCACUACCAUCUACUUUUACAUUUGUUAUGAACAUUCUGCCGCAACUAUGACAUUAAUAGUAGGGCAGAAACGGCUUCCUGUUACCUCUACUGUCUGAAAACAAUGUUUAUAUUGACUGCCUUUUUUCUUUCUAUUUUGUGAGUGAAUUGUAGCUGGUACAAUUUGAUUUUACAUGCAGAAAUAAAGAGCUUUUUUAACUAACCAGGGACAUGAAGGUGUGCACAAGUUGAUGAAUUCUAGUGAUAAUUAAUACAAGAAACAAAUCUCUGGACAAUUUCAGUGCCAAAGUAUAACAUUUGUGCUUUUGUCAGCUUUUUUUACAUUCUUUCUGAUAGAUGUGCCUUCAAUUUAGGGAUUUGCAGUCAUUUGUUAACUUUAGGGUGUCAGUUUUGUUUACAUAAGGGUGGAAUGUAAAUGUGCAUAUAAUUAGUUGGAUUUAUUUAUUUGCAUGAAUACUUUUAACCAUUGCAGUAACGCACACCUUAAUAGGAAGGAAUACUACAUCCUUCUGUUUCUAUAACCUUCUGUCAUUGUUAUUAACUUUGUGUUUGAGGCAACAUUGGACACUGUAUAUAAUACUGAAGAUUUGCUGCUGACUUGCCUAUGUUGAUAUUAAUAUACUUUCAUUUCUCAUUCAACUACCAAGACUGUUAAACAUUUAUUUAUUUUUAAAUGUCACCUUUUUGCCAGAGAGUCUUCAAUUUGUUUUGUACAAUGAAUAAAUUCAAGCUGUCA